AUGAGAGCAGCAAACUGUGGAGAGAGGAGGAGUCAGGAGGAGGAGAGGAGGAGAGGAGAGUAUCCACAUGAGAGCAGCAAACUGUGGAGAGAGGAGGAGUCAGGAGGAGGAGAGGAGGAGUCAGGAGGGAGGAGAGGAGGAGAGGAGAGGAUCCACAUGAGAGCAGCAAACUGUGGAGAGAGGAGGAGUCAGGAGGAGUCAGGAGGAGGAGAGGAGAGGAUCCACAUGAGAGCAGCAAACUGUGGAGAGAGGAGGAGUCAGGAGGAGUCAGGAGGAGGAGAGAGGAGGAGAGGAGAGGAUCCACAUGAGAGCAGCAAACUGUGGAGAGAGGAGGAGUCAGGAGGAGUCAGGAGGAGGAGAGGAGGAGAGGAUCCACAUGAGAGCAGCAAACUGUGGAGAGAGAGGAGGAGUCAGGAGGAGGAGAGGAGGAGUCAGGAGAGGAGGAGGAGAGGAGAGGAGGGAGAGGGGAGGAGAGAGGAGAGGAUCCACAUGAGAGCAGCAAACUGUGGAGAGAGGAGGAGUCAGGAGGAGUCAGGAGGAGUCAGGAGGAGGAGGAGAGGAUCCACAUGA